GAGGCAUGCCAGUUUGGUGAGAGGAGUGAAAGUAGCCAAGGCUCAACUCAGUCCUCCAACAACACCAGGCUGCUAUAGAGCACUCAGUCUUUCUCUCUCUGCAUUUUUCAGACACCCCGUCCUCUCUUCCAUUCUUCAUCCUCUCCUUCCUUCCUUUUUUCGAUGGCUUGGUGACCUCUGGUCUGCUUGUCACUUCCUGAGCCCUUUGACCUUUAACCCCAGGGAGCGCCGGGAGACCAGCAAUUCCUCAGGACAAGAUGCCCCUGACCCUCCCCGGUCUCCCUCGUCUCCCUCGUCGUCUCCCCCGCCUCCCGUCUUUUCCCAGGCUGCAUGGUGUGCCCAUGCCCCAUCUGCCCAUUCCGCCUGGCCUCUGCCUGGGGCCUCGGAGGCUGCUGCUGGACUGCACCUCUGUUCUGGACCAUCUCCCGGUCUCAGCAGGUGUGUGUGGAUGCUGUGGGGCUUUGAGACCUCGCUAUAAGAGGCUGGUGGACAACAUCUUCCCAGAGGACCCAGAGGAUGGUCUCGUGAAGGUGAACAUGGAGAAGCUAACGUUCUAUGCUCUGUCAGCUCCAGAGAAGUUGGACCGUAUCGGAGCCUACCUCUCCGAGAGACUGUCCAGAGACGUGGCCCGAAACAGAUACGGAUAUGUGUGUAUAGCCAUGGAGGCGUUGGACCAGCUGUUGAUGGCGUGUCACUGUCAGAGCAUCAACCUGUUUGUGGAGAGUUUCCUUACUAUGGUCCGCAAGCUGCUGGAGGCUGACAAACCCAACCUACAGAUACUAGGAACCAACUCAUUUGUGAAGUUUGCCAACAUCGAGGAGGACACUGCGUCGUACCACCGCAGUUACGACUUCUUCGUGUCGCGUUUCAGCGAGAUGUGUCACUCCAGCUACGAAGAUCCCGAUGUACGCACCAAGAUCCGUAUGGCAGGUAUCCGUGGUCUCCAAGGUGUGGUAAGGAAGACAGUGAGGGAUGAGCUGCAGGCUAACAUAUGGGAGCGUCAACACAUGGACAAGAUAGUCCCCUCUCUACUGUUCAACCUGCAGGACCCCACAGACAGUGGCUGUGAGAAGGAGAGUCCAGCUGAGUUGACUGAGAGAUGCUUCAGAGAGCUGCUGGGUAGAGCUGCAUACGGGAACAUUAAGAACGCUAUCAAACCUGUACUUAUGCACCUGGAUAACCAUUCUCUGUGGGAGGGGAAAAGCUUUGCUGUCCGCUGCUUCAAGAUCAUCAUGUACUCUAUCCAGUCACAGCAUUCUCACCUGGUUAUUCAGCAGCUGCUGGGUCAUCUAGAUGCCAACAGUAAGAGUUCAGCCACAGUGCGUGCUGGGAUAGUGGAGGUCCUCUCUGAGGCUGCUGUCAUUGAGGCCAGUGGCUCUGUGGGCCCAACAGUGCUGGAGGUAUUUAACACCCUGUUGAAACAGUUGAGGCUGAGUGUGGACUAUGAACUGACUGGAAGCUGUGACCCAUAUUGCAACAACAAGACAACUACUGACCAGGAGAGACAACUACAGGAGGCUGUCAUCAAGACCAUCGGAUCCUUUGCCAACACGUUGCCUAUCUACCAGAGGGCAGAGGUCAUGCUGUUCAUCAUGGGGAAGAUCCCUGUUCCUGGGAUAUACCCUGCCCUGGGCUCACCUAUCGCUGGGUUUGAAGGCAGUAGGAUGAUCCAAGUCAUGCUGUUGAAGUCUUUACUGCAGGUGACAGAGCGGUAUGAAAGUAGUAACAUGUUGGCAGCUCUGCCCUCGUCCUUCUUGGAGCCUCUCCUCUCCUUCACUCUGAUGGAAGAUCCUGAGAUACGACUGCUGGUACUCUCCAUACUCAUCAGCCUCAUAGACAGACACCAGAACACACACAAGUUCACUUUCCUCAGCAUCCUUUCAGAUAUCUCAGUUCUCAAGCUGAAGGUGGACAAGUGUUCCAGACAGGACAAUCUCUUCAUGAAGAAGCAUGGCCAGCGUCUCUACAGACACAUCUUCCUGACUUGUUCAGAAGAGAACAGUGGGCGGAGCCACUACCAGGCUCUCUACACCCUAUUGGCUCUCCUCAGCGUGGAACUGGCCAAUGAGGAAGUGGUGGUGGACCUGAUACGUCUGGCCCUCGCACUGCAGGACCUGGCCUUGGCCAAUGAUGAGAGACUAUCUCUGUAUAAUCGCUGUGCUGUCCACGCCCUCUCUGCUGCCUACCUCAGCCUCAUCUCUCAACUCACCACCGUCCCUGCAUUCUGCCAGCACAUCCAAGAAGUGAUAGAGCUGAGACAGAAGGAGGUACCCUACCUGCUGCCUGAAGACAUCUUUAUUGAAAACCCCAGAGUUCCAGAGUCUCUAGAGCGAGUGGAGGGAGAGGUUUUGUUCCAGCAGUUUCAGAUCGCUGAGGUGCUGGGAGGAAGUGGCUACAACAUAGACAUCCUGAACACACCGUUCACACCCCAGAUCACAGAUGAGGAUCGCCUGUCGAAGAGGAAAAGUAUAGGAGACACCAUCUCUCUUCAGAUGGACAUGGAACCACGAUAUAGCCCAGAGAGAGAACAGAAGUCUCCAGCAGAACAGAUCACCUUUGAGACUCUGAAGAAUGCCAUCGUGGAUAGUGUGAAUGGUGAAGAGCAGGAGAGGGAGAAGAGGAGACUGGUGGUAGAGAGGUUUCAGACCGCCCCCUUCGAGGAGAUUGCCGCCCACUGUGGGGCCAAGUCCUCCCUGCUACAGAGUAAGCUGGACCAGAUCUUUGAGCUGACAAUCAGGCCGCCUCCCAGUCCCUCUGGCUCCGCCUCCCAAGGCCAGACCCCGACCCGCUCUGUUCCUGUUUACGAGAUGAAAUUCCCUGACCUCUGUGUUUACUAGACACACACAUACAUGCAAAACACUCUCACACACACCCUGACCUCUGUGUCUACUAGAGACACACACUCACACACACACACACACACACACACACACACACACACACACACACACACACACACACCGGUCUGUAUCCUGGUCUGUCCUGGUAUGUUCCCCACUGUUUUCUCUCUUUAGUGGGGACAAUCCACAGAAUUCCUGUUGUCUCUCUCUAGUGGGGACAAUCUGUAGAAUCCCUGCUGUCUCUCUAUUUGGGACAAUCCACAGAAUCCCUGCUGUCUCUCUCUAGUGGGGACAAUCUGUAGAAUCCCUGCUGUCUCUCUCUAUUUGGGACAAUCUGUAGAAUCCCUGCUGUCUCUCUAUUUGGGACAAUCUGUAGAAUCCCUGCUGUCUCUCUCUAGUGGGGACAAUCUGUAGAAUUACUGUUGUCUCUCUCUAUUAGGGACAAUCUGUAGAAUCCCUGUUGUCUCUCUCUAGUGGGGACAAUCUGUAGAACCCCUGCUGUCUCUCUCUAGUGGGGACAAUCUGUAGAAUCCCCUCCAUUGAAAUACCAAUGGAACUCCCCAACCAUCAUUGCAUGUAAUCAAUGUUGUUGUGUGUUUGUAUACAGCAAUAACUCUAUAUAGUUCAGCAAUAAUGUGACAUCACAAGAUUAUACAGAAAGUCUGUAUGUGUGUGCGUACAUACGUUGUACAUUCACGUGUGUUACUACUGAAUGUGAACCAGUGACUAAAGUGAAUGUUAUUGAGUGUUUGACACUGUGAUGCAUCCAUGUACUGAGGAGUGUACCACAAAAGCAGGACCACACCGUCAGCAAAGAAAACUUAAGUUACUAAGAAUAUAGUAUAUUGUUUUAAUUUAUACAAUUUCACUUUUAAGUCGGCCUUCAGUAGGAACCACAGAAAGUUAGCAGGCUGAUUCUUUGAUUCUGCUUUGUGACAUCAUACCCCCCCCUGGAACUACCCCACUGUGUACUAAUAUCAAUCAAACAACAGUGUCCGUAUCUAAUCUACUCUAUGAUGUUAUAUUCUAUUCUGCUCUGCUCUGGUGUACUCUACUCUUCUCUAUUCUAUUCUACACCUACAUUGAACUCCUCUCCUCUACUCUACUAUAUUCUACUAUAUUCUAUUCUUCUCUAUUCUGCUCUAUUCUGCUCUACUCUAAUAUAUUCUACUCUACUCUAUUCUGCUCUACUCUACUCUACUAUAUUCUGUUCUACUCUAUUCUACUCUGUUAUAUUCCACUCUACUCUAUUCUAUGCUACUCUACUCUAUUCUACUGUACUCUAUUCUACGCUGUUAUAUUCCUCUCUACUCUACUAUAUUCUACUCUGCUAUAUUUUAUUCUACUCUAUUCCAAUCUUCUCUACUCUACUCUACUCUAUUCUACUCUACGCUACUCUAUUCUACUUUACACUGCUCUACUCUAUUCUACUCUAUUCUAUGAUACUCUAUUAUAUUCUACUCUACUCUAUUCUACUCUUUUCUACUCUACUAUAUUAUAUUCUAUAAUAUUCUACUCUAUUCUACUCUACUUUAUUCUGCUCUUCUAGUAUUUUAUUUUAUAUUCUAUUCUAUUCUUUUCUAUUCUUCUCUAUUCAAUUCUACUCUACUCUACUCUACUAUAUUCUAUUCUAUAAUAUUCUACUCUAUUCUACUCUACUUUAUUCUACUCUUCUAGUAUUUUAUAUUCUAGUCUAUUCUAUUCUAUUCUUCUCUAUGCUAUUCUAUUCUACUCUACUCUACUAUAUUAUAUUCUAUAAUAUUCUACUCUAAUCUACUCUACUUUAUUCUACUCUUCUAGUAUAUUAUAUUCCAGUCUAUUCUAUUAUAUUCUAGUCUAUUCUACUCUUUUCUACUCUACUAUUUUAUAUUCUACUCUAAUUAAUUCUACUCUAUUCUACUCUUUUCUACUCUACUAUAUUAUAUUAUAUUCUACUCUACUAUUUUAUAUUCUACUCUAAUUUAUUCUACUCUAUUCUAUUCUAGUCUACUCUACUCACUGUGUCAGUGUAAUCUCUGUUUCCAGUAAUAUUCUGAAUGUCAAUAUUUAAUCAAACUCUGAAAACAGAAUCCUGUCAAACAAGACAUGCAGAGUGAUGCUGUGGCGUCUUGUUUGAGAUCUGAUACUGGAUGCUCUGAUGUUUUGUUCUCAGCGUGUGUGUGUGUGUGUGUGUGUGUGUGUGUGUGUGUGUGUGUGUGUGUGUGUGUGUGUGUGUGUGUGUGUGUGUGUGUGUGUGUGUGUGUGUGUGUGUGUGUAAGGCAAAGUCUCUCUUUCAGUUCAUCUGUUGUAGCUGUUAUAUUGAAAUCAAUCUAGUCACAAUAUUCAUGACAAAUCAUAACAAAAUCAUUGAUUUGUUCUAGUUGAUGAAUAUUGGUGAUGGUGUGUGAUUCAAUGCUUUUGUUCCUUGGUAUUAUCAUGAUCAUGCAUUGAAACUUGUUCUGUUAUUGGACCUCUGUGUAUGUCCCUACCAGUCGCAUGUCGGCAUUGGUUUGUACACCUGUCUGUUAAAGUAUGGUCUUUGUGUGUGUGUGUGUGUGUGUGUGUGGGUGUGUGUGUGUUGUCUUACUCUUCCCUGACUCUAUGAUGUUAUGUCUAAUUGUUUCUCUCUGUCACAGUUGUACAUAGAAUAAUGAAUAUACAAUUAAAAUAUAGAAUUUUAA